AUGGAUAACUGUUCCACUGCGUCGAUGUUCCUGACCGACAGCUUGGAACUGGAGCUGGGGACAGAAUGGUGCAAACCCCCUUGCUUUUCUUGUGGUUUUGACAACAGAGGAGGAGGAAAUCAUUUUUCUGGAGAGUCCUACCUUUCCAGCGGAGCCCUUAAGCGAUUAAUUUUGAAUCUUGAUCCUUUACCAACUAAUUUUGAAGAAGAUACAGUGGAAAUAUUUGGCAUUCAGUGGGUUACUGAAACAGCAUUGGUGAAUUCAUCUAGAGUGCUCUUUCAUUUAUUCAGGCAGCAACUGUACAACUUGGAAACCUUAUUACAAGCCAGCUGUGAUUUUGGGAAGAUAUCCACCCUACACUGCAAAGCAGACAAUAUUAGGCAGCAGUGUGUGACAUUUCUUCAUUAUGUUAAAGUUUUCGUCUUUAGGUAUCUGAAAGUACAAAAUGCUGAGAGUCCUGUUCCUGUCCAUCCGUAUGAAACUUUGGAGGCACAACUUCCGUCUGUGCUGGUUGAUGAACUUCAUGGGUUACUCUUGUAUAUUGGACAUCUGUCUGAACUUCCCAGUAUUAGUCCAGGAGCAUUUGUAAAUCAAAACCAAAUUAAGCUUUUUCCACCAUCAUGGCAUUUAUUACAUCUCCACUUAGAUAUCCAUUGGAUGGUGCUAGAAAUUCUUCACAUGGUGGGUGAAAAAUUGAAACAAGUUGUAUACGGUCAUCAAUUUAUGAAUCUGGCAGGUGACAAUUUAACCAACAUCAGCCUAUUUGAAGAACAUUGUGAAAAUCUCCUUUGUGAUUUAAUAAGCCUGUCACUCAACAGGUAUGACAAGGUAAUGCCUUCUGAAGCGUUAGCAAGUCACCACUGCCGAUGUUCCUGCAUUAAAGAAUUAUGGGUUCUACUCAUUCAUCUUCUGGAACACAGAAGUAAAUGGUCUCUUUCAGAAUCAUUUUGGAACUGGUUGAAUAAACUACUUAAAACACUCUUUGAAAAAUCAAGUGACCGAAGACGACCUUCUGUGCCUGUAAUCCAGCCCAGGGAUCCAUUAGGUUUUAGUUGGUGGAUCGUCACUCAUGUAGCAUCACUUUACCAGUUUGAUCGCCAUGGAACACCAGACGAAAUGAGACAAAUGGAAUCAAAUUGGAAUUUUGUAGAAGAACUGCUUAAAAAGUCCAUCAAUGUUCAGGAUGGUAUACUAGAAGAACAAUUACGAAUGCAUCUUCACUGUUGUUUGACACUUUGUGAUUUCUGGGAGCCAAACAUUGCAAUCGUCACCAUUCUAUGGGAAUAUUAUAGUAAGAACCUGAAUAGUUCUUUCAGCAUCUCUUGGCUUCCUUUGAAAGGCCUUACAUAUAUCAUUAAGUCACCCUUGUCAAUGCUAGAAAUGGUGAAGACCUGCUGUUGUGAUAAACAAGAUAAUGACCUUUAUAAAUCCAGCAGUAGUUACACCAUUUUCCUUUGCAUUUUGGCAAAAGUUAUUAAGAAAGCAAUGAAGAACAAUGGCCCUCAUCCUUGGAAACAAAUCAAAGGAAGGAUAUAUUCUAAAUUCCAUCAAAAAAGAAUGGAAGAACUCACAGAAGUUGGUCUUCAGAACUUCUUCAACCUUUUUCUACUGUUAGCAGCUGUCGCAGAGGUGGAAGAUGUAGCAAGUCAUGUUUUAGACCUCCUAAAUUUCCUCAAGGCUUCCUUGGUAACAUCUUCCAUCAUUUGGAAGGGUCAGGUGGCCUUCCUCUUGAUGUAUACCCAGAAAAAUCUGGACAUUGGUGUUCUGGCUGAGAAAUGUUCAGGUGCUUUCCGAGAGAAAGCAAAGGAAUUCUUAGUAUCCAAGAAUGAUGAAAUGGGACAAAGACAGACUCUCUGGACACUUCUUUCCAUCUAUAUUGAUGGUGUUCAAGAAGUGUUUGAGACUAGCCAUUGCUUGUAUCCUUCACAUGAAAAACUGCUUAAUGAUGGAUUUAGUAUGCUUCUGCGAGCUUGUCAAGAAUCUGAACUUAGGACAGUACUGAGCUUUCUACAAGCUGUUCUGGCCAGAAUCAGGAGUAUGCAUCAACAAUUGUGUCAGGAACUUCAAAAGGAGAGUGUGGACCUAAUUGUGCAGUCUUCAUUAUCGGCUAAAGAGCGCCACCUUGCUGCAGUUGCCAAUGCACUGUGGAGACAUUUCUUUUCAUUUUUGAAGAGUCAGAGAAUGUCACAGAUAGUGCCUCUCUCAGAACUUGCGGACGCAGCUGCAGAUUUUACUUUGCUUGCAAUGGACAUGCCCAGCACAGCUCCAUCAGAUCUUCAGCCUCAGCCAGUUAUAUCAGUGAUGCAACUUUUUGGUUGGGAUGAUAUCAUCUGGCCCCAAGUUGUGGCAAGAUAUUUAAGUCAUUGCCUACAAAAUAGCAUGUUAUGUGAAGCACUUUCUCAUACAGGCUGUGUAUCUUUUCAAGCCUUAACUGUAAGAUCAUGGAUUCGUUGCGUUUUGCAAAUGUACAUAAACAACCUCUAUGUGCCUGAUGAUUUGUUCAUUGAUAUAAAUCCUGGACAGGCAGUUGAAAAAGAGUACUUGGAACAGUUGGCUGAACUGACAAGGUUGCUAUUUAAACUCUCAGAAGUAAAGAAUAUUUUCUCAAAGGCUCAAGUUGAAUAUUUAUCCAGUCCAGAAGACCCUACAAAAGCACUUGUUCUAUUUUUUGAGGCUGUUGGUAUUACUUACGGGAAUCUGCAGAACCUUUCUGAUAAAUCUGCCAUGGUCACAAAGUCCUUAGAAUACCUUGGUGAAAUAUUAAAAUAUAUAAAACCUUAUUUGGGAAAAAAAAUUUCCAGUGCAGGGCUGCAACUGACUUAUAGGAUGAUGGGAAUUCUUGUUAAAUCAUGGGCACAGAUCUUUGCCACCUCGAAAGCACAAAAACUCCUAUUCCGGAUCAUUGACUGUUUACUGCUGCCACACACCGUGCUACAGCCAGAGAGAGAGCUGCCUGCACCUCUGCUGACUGCAAUCCAAAAGAGUCUUCCUCUGUACCUCCAGGGCAUGUGUAUCGUGUGUGGUCAGUCCCAAAAUCCAAAUGCCUAUUUGAACCAAUUACUAGGGAGUGUUAUUGAGCAGUAUAUUGGGCGGUUUCUUCCAUCGUCCCCGCAUGUUUCAGGUCUUGGACAACACCCUGUUUUGUUGGCAUUGAGAAACUCCACCGCUGUUCCACUGAUAUCACCUCUAAAGAAAUGCAUCGUACAAGUCAUAAGGAAGUCCUACUUGGAGUGUAAAGGGUCCUUGCUCCCUCCUCGCUUAGCCUCUAUUCUGGCCUUCGUCCUGCAGCUCUUCAAAGACACUAGCAUAGACAUUUCUGAGGUUCAACUGCUCCUCCCUGGUGUCUUAAAAUGCUUGAUGUUGGUCAAUGAACCCCAAGUUAAAAGGCUGGCCACAGAGAACCUGCAAUACAUGGUUAAAGCCUGCCAAGUGGGGUCAGAGGGAGAACCUGCCGCCCAGCUGACUUCUGUGUUUAGGCAUUUUAUCCAGGAUUAUGCUAUGAGAUACGAUUAUCAGAUUUACGGCAUUUUAGAAAAAGUAGCAGCAUUGGACCAGCAAGUUGUUAUCGACUUGCUUUCUAUGCUCACUCAGUCUCUGAAGGAUUCAGAGCGGAAAUGGGGCCUUGGCAGAAAUACUGCACAAAGGGAGGCCUAUAGCAAACUUUUAUCUCACCUAGGACAAGUUGGACAAGAUGAAAUGCAAAGACUGGAGAGUGAUAAUACCUAAUAUAUUUUGUGCUUUGCCCUCUCUAUUCAUUAUAACUAUCUAAAGCCACUUUGCACAGCAAUGGUAUAAUGUUCUGUUAAAAAUACCUUCUAGGAUUUUUUUCCUUACAUCCCUGUAAGUAUAAAGUAUAUAAAUAAGGAAAUAAAAGUUAAAUAAGUGUAUUAUAGGAUCUUUGGAAGUUGGCAAAAUUACAUUCUCUUUUGAAGAGUUUUUAGUUAAACUGAUUUAAUUUUUUUUUUUCUAACUUGGGAGUGUCUCUGUGUAUGUCUGUGAAGCAGGUCUGUACUGGGUGAUCCAGGGACUUGUCACUAUAAUGUGACUCUUUGACUUGUGAGUGAUUUGUGUUUGUUUUGUUUCUUACAAGUCAUGUUUUAAUAUGUUUUUGGGUUGU